AUGUCGAAGCCAACAUACAACAUCGCCAUGGUCAGCGACUUCUUCUUCCCACAGCCAGGUGGAGUCGAAAGCCACAUCUACCAGCUGUCCCAGAGGCUCAUCGACAGGGGCCACAAGGUUGUGAUCAUAACCCACGCAUACGAUGAUCGAAAAGGUGUCCGCUACCUCACCAACGGGCUCAAGGUCUACUACGUGCCCUUCUUCGUCAUCUACCGCUCCGCAAGCUUUCCCACCGUCUUCUCCUUCUUUCCCAUCUUCCGGAAUAUCAUCAUCCGGGAGCAGAUCAACAUCGUCCACGGCCAUGCCUCUCUCAGCAACCUCUGCUGGGAGGCAACGCUGCACGCUCGGACCAUGGGCAUCAGGACAAUCUUCACAGACCACUCGUUAUUUGGCUUCGCCGACGCCGCCAGCAUCCUCACCAACAAGUUGCUCAAAUUCACCCUGAGUGAUGUCGACCAUGUCAUCUGUGUCAGCAACACCAGCAAAGAGAACACCGUGCUUCGUGCCUCACUCGACCCUCUGAUGGUGUCCGUGAUUCCUAACGCGGUCGUGGCUGACAACUUUAGACCGCUGGAUCAUUCAGUCGAGGGUUCGGUGAACGCCUCCGCCAACAGCACUUAUGGCAACGACUACCCUGUCCCGGCCCAUCGUCUUGGUCCCCACGACACUGUCACCAUCGUUGUUAUCUCCCGCCUCUUCUACAACAAGGGCAUAGAUCUUCUUGUAGCGGCCAUCCCACGUAUCCUGGAUCAUCAGCCGAACACACGUUUCAUCAUCGCUGGCUCUGGCCCAAAGGCCAUCGAUCUCGAGCAGAUGAUUGAGCAGAACGUCCUCCAGGAUCGUGUCGAAAUGCUAGGCAGCGUGCGGCACGAGGAAGUCCGCGAUGUCAUGGUUCGCGGGCAUAUCUACCUGCACCCGUCGUUGACUGAAGCUUUCGGGACAGUCAUCGUCGAGGCCGCGAGUUGUGGGCUGUAUGUGGUUUGUACACAGGUCGGCGGCAUCCCAGAGGUAUUGCCUGGCUACAUGACCCAGUUCGCCAAGCCGGAAGAGGACGACAUCGUAGCUGCCACCGUCAAAGCCAUCGCCGACAUCCGGGCAAACAAGAUUCGCACGGAGAGGUUCCAUGGCGAAAUUAAGAAGAUGUACUCCUGGACCGACAUUGCUAAGCGCACCGAGAGGGUAUACAACGGGAUUUCAGGGGACAUCAGUGAGGCGGACUUCUACAACGCAGCCAGCGUGGGCGCCACGAGAGGCGGCAUCCAGCGAGACUUUGCUCUCAUCGACCGCCUAAAGAGGUACUACGGGUGUGGCAUAUGGGCAGGCAAAUUAUUCUGCCUAUGCGUGAUCAUCGACUACCUCUUCUUUCUUUUUCUCGAGUGGGUGGCACCAAGGGGUGAUAUCGAUAUUGCGGCUGAGUGGCCGAGAAAGCAGCUUGUCGAAGAACCCAAAGAAAAGAGCAAAAGGGGCAGAUGA